AAAAAAGAAAAAACAAAGAAGAAAUUGGCGCUGAAGCAAAAGCUCUGUUUGCUCGUUUGCAGGAGUCAGGUCCGAGAUCCUGAAACUUGGUGGAUAGAUCUAUCAACGCCUCUCCUUCACUUGCCUCGUUCUAUUUCUUCAAUGAUUUGCUUGCAUUUAAGUGGGAAUCGACCUGAUGGAUUUUAUUGGCGCGGUCUGAAUCGGACCUGAAUGAGAUCAUUGCCAUUGGAAGAGAAAGCAAUUGGUGAUAGAUAUGGCUGCUGGUGGUUUUGUCACGCGGGCUUUCGAGUCCAUGCUUAAAGAAUGUUCUGGCGGCAAGAAGUACCCAGCCCUUCAGAAAGCUAUUCAGGCAUUUAUAGAUAGCACGAAAGAGAUCAAUCAGAGUCAACAUGCUACACCAGUCGAGACAAAGCAACCGGCUCCUUCAGCUGGAGAUUCCAGUGAAACUGGAGGGCAAGCAGACGAGUCUCAGACAGCACAAACUGCACAGGAGGUUGAGAAUGAUGGCGGGAAAGUUGCUCCACGUGACCAUGUAUUAAUUGUGUUAGGAAAUGCUGGCAAUGUCUUGCAUGGAGAUGAUGCAGAGCUUGUUUUGAGUCCACUUCGCCUCGCAUUUGACACAAAGAAUUUAAAAGUCCUGGAACUCGCUUUGGAUUGUCUCCAUAAACUCAUUGCUUACGAUCACUUAGAAGGUGAUCCUGGUUUAGAAGAUGGUAAAAAUGCCCCUCUUUUCACUGACAUUCUGAACAUGAUUUGCGGUUGUAUUGACAACUCAUCACCUGAUAGUACCAUUUUGCAAGUGUUGAAGGUUCUUCUUACAGCGGUUGCAUCUACAAGGUUCAGAGUACACGGGGAGCCUUUGUUAGGAGUCAUUAGGGUUUGCUGCAACAUUGCUCUCAAUAGCAAAAGUCCCAUAAAUCAAGCUACUUCAAAGGCAAUGUUGACACAGAUGAUCAGCAUUGUAUUUAGGAGAAUGGAAACCGACCAGGAUAGUUUAUCUACUUCCUCUGGGACAAAUGAAUCCAUCUCUGCAGAAAUUUCCAGUACGGUAGAUGAAAAAACUACUGUGAAUGAAGAAAAUGACAAAGAGACUACUCUAGGAGAUGUACUUGAUUCAGUUAAAGACACAUCCAUUGCAUCAGUAGAGGAACUUCAGAACCUUGCAGGUGGUGCUGAUAUCAAGGGUUUAGAAGCCAUUCUUGACAAAGCUGUUCAUAUUGAAGAUGGUAAAACGAUGUCACGAGGGAUUGAUUUGGAGAGCGUGAACAUUGUUCAACGUGAUGGGCUACUGGUAUUUCGCACACUUUGCAAGAUGGGAAUGAAGGAGGAAACUGAUGAAGUCACAACCAAGACUCGCAUUUUAUCUCUUGAGCUUCUGCAGGGUUUAUUAGAAGGGGUGAGCCAAGCAUUUACAAAAGACUUCCAUUUUAUUGACUCAGUGAAAGCAUUUCUUUCAUAUGCUUUAUUACGAGCUUCUGUUUCACAAUCUCCAGUAAUAUUUCAGUAUGCAACUGGAAUUUUCUCUGUGCUUUUGUUGCGAUUUAGGGAAAGUCUUAAAGGUGAAAUUGGCAUAUUCUUUCCCCUGAUAGUUGUGAGAUCAUUGGAUGGCACAGAUUUUCCUGUUAAUCAAAAAAUAAGUGUUCUCAAGAUGCUUGAGAAAAUAUGUAGGGAACCCCAAAUUCUUGUUGACAUAUUUGUCAACUAUGAUUGUGAUCUUGAGGCUCCCAAUUUGUUUGAACGCAUGGUAACCACGUUAUCUAAAAUUUCUCAAGGCACCCUAAAUGCAGAUCCAAAUGUGGCAGCUGUAUCCCAGACAACUUCAAUUAAAGGAUCAUCACUUCAAUGUCUUGUGAAUGUGCUCAAAUCAUUAGUUGACUGGGAGAAGUCACGUCUCCAUUCAGAAAAGCAGAGUUUAAGUGUUCAUUCGUUAGAAGAAGAGUCUUCAGGCAACGAAAAUCUUGAGAACAAGAGCAGGGAAGAUGUGACGGGCAAUUUUGAGAAUGACGAGUCCACGGUGGAAGCUGCCAUCUUUGAGUUCAAUAGGAAACCAGUUAAGGGUGUUGAGUAUCUGAUUUCAAAUAAGUUGGUGGGGAACACACCAUCUACAGUUGCUCAGUUUCUCCAAAAUACUCCCUGCUUGGACAAGACUAUGAUUGGUGAUUAUCUGGGUCAGCAUGAAGAGUUUCCUGUUGCAGUCAUGCAUGCAUAUGUAGAUUCCAUGAAAUUUUCAGGCAUGAAGUUUGAUGCUGCAAUGCGUGAAUUUCUCAAAGGUUUUCGUCUUCCAGGGGAAGCUCAAAAGAUUGAUCGCAUCAUGGAGAAAUUUGCAGAACGAUAUUGUGCAGACAACCCUGGCCUUUUCAAGAAUGCAGACACUGCAUAUGUUCUAGCUUAUGCUGUGAUUAUGUUGAACACUGAUGCUCAUAACCCUAUGGUGUGGCCUAAGAUGUUGAAGCCUGAUUUCACUCGUAUGAAUGUCAUGAAUGAUCCAGAAGAUUGUGCCCCUACAGAACUCCUGGAAGAUAUAUAUGACUCUAUAGUUAAGGAAGAGAUCAAAAUGAAAGAUGACAGCACUGACAAAGCAAAAAGCCGCAGAGAAAGGCUGGAGGGAGAAGAGAGGGGAGGCCUUAUGAGUAUUCUUAACUUGGCUCUUCCGAGAAAAAUGUCCUCCACUGGUGCCAAAUCCGAGAGUGAGGCUAUUAUUAAGCAAACACAAGUUAUAUUCCGAAAUCAAGGAGCAAAGAGUGGGGUUUUUUAUACCUCACAGAGAAUUGAACUUGUAAGGCCUAUGGUUGAUGCUGUAGGAUGGCCUUUACUUGCUACUUUCUCUGUUACUAUGGAGGAAGGUGACAAUAAACCUAGGGUUGUCCUUUGUAUGGAGGGGUUUAGAGCUGGUAUACAUAUCACACAUGUUCUUGGAAUGGAUACCAUGCGCUAUGCAUUCCUAACAUCUCUCAUCAGGUUUACUUUCUUGCAUUCACCAAAGGAAAUGCGUAGUAAAAAUGUAGAAGCAUUACGCAUGCUAUUGGCCGUGUGUGAUUUAGAGACAGAAUCCCUUCAAGACACUUGGAAUGCAGUUUUAGAAUGUGUGUCUCGUCUUGAAUUCAUCACAUCGACUCCUUCUAUUGCAGCGACUGUCAUGCAUGGAUCAAAUCAGAUCUCCAGGGAUGCUGUUGUUCAAUCCCUAAAAGAGUUAGCUGGGAAGCCUGCGGAUCAAGUAUUUGUGAACAGUGUAAAACUUCCCAGUGACUCUGUUGUGGAGUUUUUCACUGCUCUAUGUGGUGUCUCUGCAGAAGAAUUGAAACAAACUCCUGCACGUGUUUUUAGCUUGCAAAAGCUUGUUGAGAUAAGCUAUUAUAAUAUGGCUCGUAUACGAAUGGUUUGGGCUAGGAUAUGGUCUGUCCUGUCAAAUCACUUUAUUUCUGCUGGGAGCCAUCAUGACGAGAAGAUUGUAAUAUAUGCCAUAGAUUCUCUGAGGCAGCUUGGGAUGAAGUACUUGGAGAGAGCUGAACUUGCCAACUACACAUUCCAAAAUGACAUUCUUAAGCCAUUUGUUGUUCUCAUGCGUAACAGUCAAAGUGAAUCGAUAAGGAGCCUUAUUGUUGACUGUAUUGUUCAAAUGAUAAAAUCAAAAGUUGGUAACAUAAAGUCUGGAUGGCGAAGUGUUUUUAUGGUUUUCACAGCUUCCGCAGAUGAUGAAUCUGAGUCAAUUGUUGAAAGUGCCUUCGAAAAUGUUGAACAGGUUAUAUUGGAGCACUUUGAUCAGGUAGUUGGGGAAUGUUUUAUGGACUGUGUCAACUGUCUUAUAAGGUUCGCCAAUAACAAAAGUUCCCAUCGUAUAAGUUUGAAGGCUAUUGCACUCCUACGUAUAUGUGAGGAUCGAUUGGCAGAGGGUUUCAUACCUGGUGGUGCUUUGAGGCCGACCGACGAUAGUGCUGAUCCAGUAUUUGAUAUGACUGAGCACUAUUGGUUCCCAAUGCUUGCUGGGUUGUCAGAUUUGACAUCAGACACGAGAUCAGAGGUCCGGAGUUGUGCACUGGAAGUUUUGUUUGACUUGCUGAAUGAGAGAGGUGCCAAGUUCUCAAAAUCAUUUUGGGAGAGCAUUUUUCAUCGCGUCUUGUUUCCAAUUUUUGAUCACUUGAGACAUGCUGGGAAGGAAAGCUUGAAUUCUAGUGGUGAUGAGUGGCUCCGUGAAACAAGUAUUCACUCGCUUCAGUUGCUUUGCAAUCUCUUCAAUGCAUUUUACAAGGAGGUGUGCUUUAUGCUACCUCCACUGUUGACCUUGCUAUUAGAUUGUGCAAAGCAGCCGGAACAAUCAGUGGUUUCAUUGGCUUUGGGUGCUCUGGUGCACCUAACAGAAGUUGGCGGACACCAAUUUAGCGAGGAUGACUGGGACACAUUGUUAAAAAGUAUAAGAGAUGCUUCGUACACAACUCAACCACUUGAAUUACUAAAUGCUUUGGGUUUCGAGAAAUCAAGCCAUGAUGAGGUGAAUAUUGUUGGUGGUACUUCCUUGAGGUCAGUUAGCCUGAAAGAAGCAAAGAACCAUCAUCUUGAUGUCGGUGACCAUGGAAAGGUAUCUCCAGCAUCCUCACCAAGGGUUGCAGAUAUCAUUAGUCGGAAUCCCAUUGAAGAGUCUGGGUUACAUGUUACCUCAUAUGAAUCUGUUGAAGGUCUUCAAUCACCGUCAGCAAGAACAAGAGCUGCAGAACCUGGAAAUCUUCUGCGGAGUCAAACAAUAGGCCAAAGAAUUAUGGGAAAUAUGAUGGAUAAUAUCUUUGUUAGAAGUCUUACUUCAAAAUCUAAGGGACGUGCAUCAGAUGUCUCUGUGCCAUCUUCUCCAAUAAAGCUUCCUCCUGACACUGUGGAUCCCGAGGUGAAAGAUGAUGAGGAAAGUUUGCUAUUGGGGAUUGUUCGAGGAAAGUGCAUUACGCAACUCUUACUUCUGGGGGUCAUUGAUGGAAUUCAGAAGAAAUACUGGGACAAGCUUGGAGCACCACAAAAGAUUGCCAUAAUGGACAUUUUGUUAUCUUUGCUCGAAUUUUCCGCUACUUAUAACUCAUAUGAUAAUCUCAGACAGCGCAUGCAUCGCGUUCCUGAUGAGAGGCCUCCACUAAAUCUUCUUCGCCAGGAGUUAGCUGGAACUUCAAUUUACCUAGACAUCUUACUUAAAGCAACUUCGGGAUUUAAUGGGAUUGAAGCAGAACAAGAAACAACUGUCGAUAAUCUGGAAGUUGAUACUGCAUCAGCCAAAGAUGAUUUGACUUCCCCUCAGGAUUCUAGUGCAGUUAACAAUGUUGACGGAAUAGCUGAAAGCAGGCUAGUAUCGUUCUGUGAACAAGCUCUUAGGGAUGCAUCUGAUCUGCAAUCCUCUGCAGGGGAAGCCACUCACAUGGAUGUCCAUCGAGUUUUGGAGUUACGUUCUCCGGUGAUCAUUAAGGUGCUCAAAGGCAUGGGAUUUAUGAACAGUCAGAUAUUCAGAAGACACCUGAGAGAAUUUUAUCCUUUGCUUACAAAACUUGUAUGCUGUGACCAGAUUAAUGUUCGAGGAGCUCUUGCUGAUCUCUUCAAGAUACAACUGAAAGCACUAUUGCCAUAGUUUCUAUUGAUUCUUUGUUCUCAAAUCUCUCAAAGAGUGCUUUUAAGCAUUGUUGCUCAAGAAGAUCAAGCUCAUCAUCAUUGAGUUCUCUUCGGAUGACAUUUAUUUCGUCAAUGUUAGAUUUUUUUGGUAGGAAAUGGAAGGAGAAGGUAAAAGUAUAAGUUAACCACGGUAAAAAAGGAGGCAAACAGCACCAUAUUUUAUAACGGAUGAAGUGAAAUCAUCAUGUCUCCUUGGUGUUACUGCGUGGUUAAGGUAGCUGAGGUAAAAAUUUCAAAUAUUAUGCCCACUCUCCAAUUUUGAGGUGCGAAUUUAUUACUCGAGUAUUAAAGUAUUAAUUUUAAUGACUUGUAAUUAUUCAUAUUAGCUAUCAAUGCUUUUUGUUUUAUUUCGAUUUAACCUACAUGCCAAUAUAUGGUUAGGUACUCGAGAUUACCCCCUCUUAAUUUAAGCUGCUAUUUCGGGAUGAGGAUUAAACCA